AUGGCCUUUUUGGUCGUCAGGGAGGAAUGUUUCACCGUUCAAUGCGUGCUGACCGUGGCGCCGGAUUUGGUCAGCCCGCAGAUGGUCAAAUUCGCCACCAGCCUCAGCCGGGAGAGCUUUGUUGACAUUGAAGGGAUCGUCUCCAUGCCGUCUCAGCCCAUUACCGGCGCCUCUCAGCAGGCAGUUCCUAUACUGCCUAUCAAUAUUGAAGACGCAGCUAGAAGCGAGGCUGAAAUUGAAAAGGCUUUGCUGGCGGGCGAGCAACUUGUUCGUAUAUUUAGAGAAUAUUUGUUAUCUAAUGGUUUUUGUGGGAUCCACACACCUAAACUGAUUGCGGGUUCUAGUGAAGGUGGCGCUGCUGUCUUCAGAUUAGAUUACAAAGGAACACCUGCAUGCCUGGUACAAUCGCCUCAGCUUCAUAAACAGAUGGCCAUCUGUGGCGGUUUUAACCGUGUGUUUGAGAUUGGAGCUGUAUACAGAGCAGAGGAUUCUUUUACUCAUCGACAUCUGUGUGAGUUCAUUGGUCUUGAUGUUGAAAUGAGGAUUAAGAAGCACUAUUAA